AUGGAAAACAAAACAUUUGUUACUGAAUUCAUUAUACUGGGGUUUUCAAAACUCCCAGAAAUGAAGAUGUUUCUCUUUGUAUUGUUCUCAUGCCUCUACUUCUUCACAGUACUUGGUAAUAUCACCAUUAUUGUGCUCAUCACUGUUGAGGCUGCCCUUGACACACCCAUGUAUUUCUUCUUAAGGAACUUGUCUUUCUUGGAACUGUGCUUCACCACAGUUACCAUACCAAACAUGUUAGCAAAUCUCCACUUGGAAGAAAGCAGAAUCUCCUUCAUUGGUUGUGCAGCACAGCUAUAUUUCUUUUUUAUGUUUGGUGUCACUGAGUGUAUUCUUCUCUGUGUCAUGUCAUACGACCGCUAUGUGGCCAUUUGCAUCCCAUUGCGAUAUACAAUCAUUAUGAACAAAAGAGUUUGUACCCAGCUCUCUGUGGUAUCUUGGAUUGUUGGAACUCUAGUAGCUACUGGUCAUACCACAUACAUCUUCAACCUGCCUUUUUGUAAGUUCAACGUAAUUAACCAUUUCUUUUGUGAGAUCCAGCCGUUGCUCAUGCUUGUUUGUGGCAACACGUAUUGGAAUGAAGUCCAAAUCAUUGUGUUUUCUGGUAUCGUGCUGAUGGUGCCUGUCACUCUUAUCCUGGUGUCUUAUGUCUCUAUCAUCACCACCAUCAUGAGGAUGAAGUCUGCCAAAAGCAGGAGGAAGACUUUCUCCACUUGUUCCUCUCACCUCAUUGUAGUAACAUUGUUUUAUGGUGUAGGCCUCUUCAGUUAUACAAGGCCUAAGGCAAGUUACUCAUUGGAUACUGACAAAUGGCUCUCUCUGACCUAUUCUGUCAUUACACCAAUACUGAACCCAAUAAUAUAUACUCUCAGGAACAAAGAGGUGAAAGGAGCUCUGUGGAAAUUGGGUACUAAAAUCUUCCUUAGGUCAAAAGGAUAA